AUGUGGAUAGGGAAAGGAUUGGAGGCUGUUUCCGUGCCAUUCCAGAAUUUGCGCUAUGGUGGGUCCACGGUUGGAUGGAAAUCAAAGAAACCAGGCGGCUUCGAGACUCAGUGGAGUUACAAGACUCCGAAUGGUGCUGAAGUAUUUGCUGGAGAAGAUGCGGUUGUGAGGCAUGCGAUAGAGUCCGGUUUGCUGGCGAAUAGCGAUGAUGAAGAAGAGAAGACCGAAGACAACGCCAGCCCCGACAGCGAAAACGUUGAGGAUAGUAAUAUUCGAGUAUUGCAGAUCGACACAAGCGCACAGCUGUCACAACACACUCUUGGCGAUCUAUUUGGCGCCUCGAGUGACUCAGAAGUCGAGCUGUCGUAG